CACCAGUUGACGACGUCUGCGGCGGCGCGAGGACAGGGCGCCUGGGCCCACAAUAAGGUCAGCGACUUCCGGUACCGGCGGCCGUGACCCCGCCCAAUGUGUGGUGUGCUGCGUGACGUCACGCUUGCUAACUCAAGGCUCUCGGGUUAUGACGACUCUCAGUAAAGGAAACAGCAAAGCUUUGAAGGUAAAGAGGGAACCGGGGGAGAAUGGCACAAGUCUUACUGAUGACGAACUGGUCACCAUGUCUGUGCGGGAGCUAAACCAGCAUCUCCGUGGACUUUCCAAAGAAGAGAUAAUUCAGCUCAAGCAACGUCGGCGAACACUAAAAAAUCGUGGUUAUGCAGCUAGCUGCCGUGUAAAACGUGUGACGCAAAAAGAGGAGCUGGAGAAGCAAAAAGUGGAGCUGCAGCAGGAAGUAGAGAAACUUGCAUCUGAGAACGCCAACAUGCGACUAGAACUGGACUCCCUCCGCUCAAAGUAUGAGGCACUGCAGAACUUUGCCAGGACUGUAGCACGCAGCCCUAUAGCUCCUCAGCGAGGACCCUACACACCUGGUUUUGGACCGCUCACCCCAGGCAAGGUGGCUGCUACCAGUGUCAUAACAAUAGUCAAAUCCAAAACAGACACUCAUACAUAGUGUGGUGAUAGACUGGAAACAACUUUAAAACAUCCCAAAAACACAAGCAACCAAGAUCAUGAGCAUUAGCCUGGUUUGAGGUUCCUCAGCUUAUGGAAAGACCACCUUUGCCACCAGUGAUAGGAUUUAUGAACUUUGGGUCUUCUGCUUGGUGUUUAAGAUUAUUCUGGGUUACACCACUGUGAGUCAUUCAGGGAAGGCUUAAUAACUUGUAAAAGGAAGGAAUGUAUGUGACUUUCUCCACCACCACUGGCUUCUUCCUUUAAAGGCUCCAUAGUGAAUGAACUGGGAGUCUCCUUUUAUGUGGAGCUCUUUGUUGUGAAACAGUGUGUGCAGUAACGUCAGCGGCUACUCCUUAAUUUGGAUCAGUGUGUGGUGUUGUGAUAGCAGACUGAGCUACAUAUAGUGAAUUGGGGUGUGUAGUGUUGUGCGAUGUUUACUGUGGGUCACCAUGUGCAGUGUUGUGAUGUGAGGAGUUGCUGCUUUUGAUGAUCAAGUGUGUUAAGUUAUGCUGCUUGUUGUGGGACUGUGCAUACUCUUGUGACAUCAGUCGGUGCUGCUUGUCAGGGGUCAAUGUAUGUGGUAUUGUGAUGUCAGGCAAUGGUCCUUCUUAUGGUCUGUAUGUCCAAGUUUUCUGCUUGCUGUGGGUCAGUGUGAGUAUCUUGGUGACAUCAGAUUGUGCCACUUGUUGCUCAGUGUGUGUAGUGUUGUGAUGUCUGGAGUUGCUGCUUGUCGUGGUCCAGUGUAAAAUGUGAUAACUUCAGGUUGAUAUCCUAAUUGUGGGUCACUGUGUUGUGUUGUGACUCUUUUUACCUCUUUGACCGCUUCUGUGUACCUUUGUGCCAAACAUUACAUUGUACGCUUAUCAGAUUCCAAUACGGCUUCUCUAGCCAAACCUCUUUUUUGUACAUGUGCUGUUUCUGUAAAAAUAAUAGGUAUUUUUUUUUCUUUUAUUGUUUUAUUUGAAAACGUAAAAGUAGUAGUAGUGUCCCUAUCUGUAAUAGUGACCUAAGACACACUGUGCAUACAUGGAUAGGGAUAUUGCAAACUCCCAAAAAUAAUAUACAAUAAUCAAACGUUCCACAUUUACACCAAGUUGUAAAUGAUCUGUACUGAUUUGUUGUUAAUCUUUAUUUAGGGAUAUUUUAAAGUAGAAGGUUAGCACUUUUCAUGUAUGUGAAUGGGACCAGUGAUGGUUCUAGCUGGGGUUUGUAGGUAAACUGGAUUCAUGCACACAUACACAAUGCAAGGAUAAGGGGUUGGGGAACACUCUGAGCCAGGACUUUGAGGCAAUGAGGCAGGAACAUCCAAGAAAGAGUGAUGUGAGUGGGAAGACAAAAACAGCCCCCCUAUUUAUUUAUUUAUUAUUUUUUUCUGUUUGCUUUUUUUUUGCAAAAUACUUAAUUCCUGGGGAAACAUUUUCUGACAAGCAAAAGUGUUUUUCCAAUCAAUCUUUUAAUUCUCUGGACAGUGUUCUAACAUAUUAGUGAAGUAAAUGUUCUAACGUAUCUGAUUGAAAGCUACAGUAUCAAUACCUCAGCAUAACCCUUUGGUACAGCCUUUCAUGUUCCACCUCAUUGGACAGUGAGGUUGGAGAAGUCUUUGUCUGCUUCUUGCCUGAUGUUGUCUAGAGGAGUUUCUUCUCGUUGUGAGUGAUGUAUCACAGUAAAACAGGACUCUUAUUUAUUGCUAAAUUAUUGCAUUUAACAGAAGAGGUGUUAAUGGUGGUAAUUUAUUGCUGUAUAACUGGGAGGCUUAUUCCAGUCCUCAGGAACCGCUAGCUGGAUAUUUCUGUAGUAGAUCGGGAAAAUCCAACCUGUUGCAGGUGAAAGAGAACUGGAACUUAUCAUCCCUUUAAGUGUAUAUAAUGUAUGUUUGAUAGAAGCUCUAUUUUAUUUUAUAUAUUGCCAAUAAAUCCCUUUUUGAAACUGGA